AUGAGUCACAUAUUGACGAGAAAGAAAUCCACCGCCUCACUUCGCCGAAAGCGAUCGGACAGCGAGUCUGGCGCACCCAGUUUAACCACACCGAGUGACCAAAAGGCUAGGGAGGAGAAGAGUGCUCCUUAUAAGGACGCACGUUAUGAGGCUCUACUCGCGGCAAAAGGGAGUUUCAUGGACGCAUUAGACCUUAGUGUCGACGAUAAAAGUAGGACUCUUAUCCGAGGGCUCCUGGAGAAAGCGCAGCCUGUACUAAAGGACUCGCUCUUUUAUGAGGACCUGUUCAACUCAACCUUCCAUACGAACAGAAAUAAAACUCGGGUUAUCCGAGACUUUUCUCAGUUGAUCGUGCCCUCAGCAGAAGUCUUUGCAAUAUAUGGUGCUACUGCCCUUGACUGCUUAAUUGAAAGCACCAACGAAGGCUGGAACAAUUCUAUUCCUGUUACUAAAACACGACCUCAACCAGACUACUCUGUGGGGUUCCGACAAGAAGCAUUCACCGAAACUCAGCUUCAGAAACUUCAGCCAUUCGUUGGCAGUAAUCAAUCAAGGCUUUCCAAACCCGUUUGA